UCAUAAUUACUCAUAAAGUCUAAUUAUAAUGUUACUGUUGCAAAUUACAAAAAAGUAUACUUUAAUUUGGUAAGCACGAGAUAAUUUUGCAGUGAUUUGAGUAGUAACAGUCCUAACAAGACUAUGAAGUCAUGCUAAGUGCGGCUAAAUAGUGAAAAUAUGCAGAAGACCAAAUAAAUAGGGCCAACCCCAAACUAAAGGGUCCAUGCCGAUUAUUACGGAGUAAAUGCAAGCUUGUCAUUCCCCUAACAGACAGUCCAAGUCAAGCGUAUGUAUCUUGUGCCCAUUCUUUGUUUUCAUGUCCUUUUCAGGCACCCAUUGUUUACUCUGGUCUUCAUGAUCAAUGCUUGGGGUUGGGGUGGUUCUAGCCAUAGUUAGGCCCUGUUCUCUGCUGAGCUGAACCCUGCUCUGCGGACACAUGCUUCGCUAUGCUGAUAUCUAUUCCACUAUGGUGAAAUCUGCUUUGCAUGCCCAAAAGCUCCAAAGAACAGGGUCUUAGUCGGUUUAGCUAUCAAAUCGUGCUCGAUUUGGUGUAAUCUUGAUGGUCCUUUUGAUUAGUGAUUAUAUGAGUAUCACUAUUCACUAGUAUGGGUCAAGUACCAUGUAGGAUGGUGACAUGGUGUACCUCGAGGCAUGUUGACGGUUGAGUGUGCUAUUUAUCAAUUAAGUGUUUUGAUAGUGGGCAUGAUAACUAUCUUGAAAAUUUGGUUAUUCUAAAAAUACGUUAUUGAGAACUCUUAGUAAUGUGUAUCAUUGUAUCUUUCUAAAACACCGGUGAUUGUGGGAAAGUUGAGAUGAAUGUCCAUAACUUUGUUGAAAUAUGUGUACAUAUGGGAACAUAUCUUUUCAAUCUAGGAAAAUGAUAAAUUUGCUGACAUAUAAAAAGUACAAUACAAAAAUUGGCAUAUAUUUUUGUCAUAAAUUCUCUAUCUUUAGUAAGGAGUGGGAUAUCAUUUUAAAAAAUGCAUCUACUCUUUAUAUUGUUCAUAUGCAUAUAAAAUCACCCUUCUAUUUAAAGGAAAAAUAUAUAUUUGUCAAUAAUGAAUACGGAGUAUGUAUCUAGUUAUCUCGUAUGAUUCUCAUACGAACUGUUUUCUACUCAUAAAUACACGAAAACAAUACUAACCAUAAAACCAAUAAAUUGGUUAGAUGAAGCGAUUUGACCAAAAAUUUCAAACAUUGCUUUAAGAAAGCACAAUUCACUAUUGUUACAUGAUUGAUGCUUGUAGAGUUCUAUAUUACUCUAUCUUUACACCAAAAACAAAAAAAAAAAAAUAACACAUUUCAACUAUACUUUGCAAUUAUAAAAGCAUAUUCAAUUUUUCAAAUUCCAAUUAAUUUUAAAACUCCUGCUUAUCAUUAUAAAAACCAAUUUACGUAGCAAUAACGACAAGGUAAUCUAGAAACCCCUAUAUACUAUGGAGUUCUCCGCAUUAACCUACCGAAACACCACAGGCUUCCGCGGCCCGAACCUCAUAAAUCACAAACAAUCCGCAUUCAAGUCGGGGGAUUUAAACCCACAUCCCCCAUUUCUCCCCCACCCUCCAACACCAAGGAUUCAUUCCGACCCCCCAAAAUCUUCUCCGUAAUUCCUCUCUUUCUCCCUCAUUUCUUCAAACCCACAGUCCCAAAAAAGCAAUUAAUAUAAACAAACCCAAGAAUAAUAAAAAUUAAAUAUACCCUUCAAAUUUCACCCCUUUAUAUACCACUCUACUAGUACAACGGAUCCAAAAAAUUAAAAAAAUCUUCCAAUUCAACUUCCCACCUUAUUUUCUCUCUCCUCUUUCCAUUCAAUCAAAAUGAAAACCACCCCUAAACUCAUCGUCUUCCACCCUUCCCUCUACAAACAAUCCUCCUCAACCACCUCGUCGCUAUCAUUAUCGUCAUCGUUAUCACACCGUAUAUGGUUGCUUGUAUUCUUCACUCUCUUCACCUUCACAUUUCUCCUCACCGUCUUAAAAAACACGACCCCACCACCCCCUACACCACCCACAACCCCAUCAACCACCGCCGACCAUCACUCCGCCGCCGUCUCCGCCGCCCUCCUCCACUACGCCGCCAUCUCAAACACCACCGACCGCAUGACCUCCGGCGAACUCUCCGCCGUCGCAACCGCCCUCCGCCGCUGCACUCCGCCGUGCAACUUCCUCAUCUUCGGCUUAACCCACGAAACCCUCCUCUGGCGUGCACUUAACUCCGCCGGUCGCACCGUCUUUCUCGACGAAAACGAGUAUUUAAUCUCGAAAUUCGAGCAAAACUUCACCGAUUUCGAAGGUUACGACGUUCAAUACACCACCAAAGUCGGAAAAUCAGCCGAACUCAUCGAACAUUCUAGAGCCCAUCGCAAGGGUGAAUGUAGACCAGUACAGAAUCUACUCUUCUCCGAAUGUAAAUUAGCAAUCAAUGAUCUUCCGAACCAUUUGUACGAGAUCUCGUGGGAUGUAAUCCUGAUCGAUGGUCCAAGGGGAUACUCGGCGAAGAUGCCGGGAAGAAUGGCGGCGAUAUUUAGCGCCGCCGUGAUGGGGCGGAGCAGGGGAGGAGAGAGAAAGUCCGGUAAAAGAAAAGGGACUGAGAUUUUUGUUCAUGAUUAUGGGAGAGAAGUUGAAAGGGUUUUUAGUGAGGAGUUUUUGUGUAAGGAGAAUUUGGUGGAAGUUAGAGAUUCUUUGGCUCAUUUUGUGGUGAAAGAGAUGAAGAAGGGUGAGAAUUUUGAAUUUUGUUUAGGAACAUCAAGCAAUUCUUCUUGAUGAUGAUUACAUAAAUUAUAAAUAUAUGAAUUGAUUAAGAGUUAUAGUGGUAAUGGUAAAUAUGUUACAAUUUCCGAUAUUGUUAUUGUGCAUACACCCGGGUGUACGGUAUGUUUAUAUCUAAGACGUAGUUUAUGUUGUUUCUUCUCGUUUUUAUUUCCCAGAUGAGUGAUAGUAUGGCUCAUUUGAGGUUCAUUGUAUGGGGAUUAGAGGUAAGUACAGUCGGGUGUAUAUAGUUAUCGACUUGAAGAGAGGUUGAUUAUUAAUAAUGAUGUAAACUGUAAAGUAAUUAAAGUACGUUUUAAUUUUAGUGAUGAAUGAAAGUUUGAAAAAAUUGAAAAUGGGAGGAAUGUGUAAUGCAUGAUAUGAAGUGGGGUCAAAAGAUGUGGACUAGCAGUAUGAAAAUGUACUAGUUUUUGGCAUGGUGGUGACAGUAGAAAAUGAGACUUUGAUAAUUAGAAUCAUGUGUGGUACUCGAACACAUGGGUAAGGGAUUGGAGCCGGAAUAAUUGGGGUUCAGGUUAUUACUUCAAUGAAUGUGAUAAGGUUGAACUUAGAAAUGAAAUCUUGCCUUUAAGAAGAGGGAAUAUAUUAUUUCAAUUCAGAGAUAUUUUUCUUGUCCUGGUUAUGAUUAUCGUUAUGAACAGGUGAACAAUGUAAUUUGGACUUAUACAUACUUACAGAGUAAUAGACUAAGCAGAGUACUCCGUAAUUGUUUGGGUUUGUACCUCGAGAUAAUGGUUUAAUCUAUAUUCGUAAUAGACAUAUAUGAUGCAUUACAAUUUUAACAAAUUUGUAUUUUCUUUGUCCCACUUUGAAAUUCAUUUUAAAAUCUAUGCAGACGUUUACACUAUUUUCAAGCACUUU